AUGUCAGCUGUCAAUGACACCAACUUCAACUCUGCAGUGUUCCUUCUCACCGGGAUACCUGGGCAGGAAAAGGUCCAUCUCUGGAUCUCUAUCCCCUUCUGCUUAGUGUAUGUUAUAUCCAUAGUAGGAAAUUCAGUCAUUGUGUUUAUUAUAAAAACAGAUCCAAGACUCCAUGAGCCCAUGUACAUUUUCCUUUCCAUGUUGGCCGUCACAGACCUUGGCUUAUUGAUAUCCACUAUGCCGACGACACUGGAUAUAUUCUUGUUUAACUCUAGAGAGAUCAGCCUCGAUGCCUGUUUUGCCCAACUGUUCUUCAUCCACUCGUUUGAAUGCAUUGAAUCCUCUGUGCUCUUGUUGAUGGCCUUUGACUGCUUCAUCACGAUCCGUGACCCGCUGAGAUAUGCUUCCAUCUUAACCCUGCCAAGAAUAGGCAAGAUGGGACUGGUGUGUGUGCUAAGAGGGGUGGCUGUUAUGCUCCCACUCCCUAUUCUCCUUCAAUGGUUCCAAUAUUGUCGAUCCAAUGUCCUCUCCCAUUGCUACUGCAUAAACCAGGACGUCAUGAAGAUGGCUUGUUCAGAUAUCAGAGUAAACAGCAUCUAUGGCUUGUCUGUUGCUCUCUUGAUGGAGGGGUUGGACUUGCUGCUCAUCUUUCUCUCUUAUGUGAUGAUCCUCAAAACAGUGCUGAGUAUCACAUACCAGGUGGAGUGCCUCAGGGCCCUGAACACCUGCGUCUCCCACCUCUGCACUGUCCUGCUCUUCUACACACCAAUAACUGGCCUGUCUCUGUUACACAGACUGGGGGAUGGCUUUUCUGUCUUGCUUCAGAUUCUCCUGGGCUACAUUUCCCUACUUGUCCCUCCCCGAUGA